UAUUUUUAAAACUUAAAAACCAUUUUUUCUAUAUAUCUAUAUUGAGAGGUCGAGAUGCUCAAUCACAAGGUUUCUGAACUUUAGAACACCCUUUUCUACUAAAUUUUGGGAGUACACCUUCCUUUUAUAGUAUAAAGUUGCCAUUUCUCUAACGGUUUCAAAGGUGCGCCGAAGGCAUGAGCCAGCAACGUCAUACUUGUUAGUUUGCCUCUGUAAAGUCGCAUGCUGUUUGAUUACUCGUUUAUCUCAUCUUCAUUAAAUAAGGACCCGGUUUUUCAUGCGGCCAAGCCCGCGUAGGUGGAACUGGACCCUCUUAACAAAUUGUUUUUAGGUGGAUUUUCAGAUUUAAUUUUUAUAAAUAUAAAAAAAUAAAUAAAUUUUAAAAAUUAAAAAUAACAAUUCUAGUAAAAAAAACGUUUGAACCGUUAAUUUUUCAUUAUUUUUAGAUAGAACACCUCUUUGCAUCCAUCUAUAAUGUGAUCUAUAAUUUUCAUUAUUUUUAGAUAGAACACCUCUUUGCAUCCAUCUAUAAUGUGAUCUAUAAUGUGGAUGCUUUACACUUUUUGUACCGCAUAUGUAGAAAUGCAGUUCAGCCCGCGUGGAACAAUUUUCCUUAAAUAAUAUCUAAAAAAUUGAAAUAAGACUAUAAGUUACCGACCCGUUACCAUGAUAAAAGGCCAUUCUCUCCUGUCCCUUUCACUUGCACCCCCUAAACUCUGUGAUAUUAGAGAGAGAGAAUGGCCGGAUUCUUAUGCAGGACUCCGGCAUCAACAUCCAUUUGUAUGGCUUCGGAUCACCGGAGAGUUUUAGAGCCUGAAAAAUCGGCAAAGCUUUUAGAUGUCAAGUAUUCACGCCUAGUUGAGUCCAAAAGGUUCUCGUCGAUUCCGUCGAAGACUCCUCCUCCAAAGAAUGAGGGGCUUAGGCGCGUGAAAUCAGAGAGAAGUGAUAGGAAGAUGCCGGAAAAGAUUUUACGGCUGCCUCAACCGUCAGACUCCAAAAGGGUUUUUCAGGUGGUGGUGAUGAGGGUGUCUCUUCACUGUAGAGGAUGUGCGGGUAAAGUGAAGAAGCAUAUCUCCAAAAUGGAAGGGGUAACAUCGUUCAGCAUAGACUUGGAGACAAAGAGAGUAACGGUGAUGGGCCAUAUCUCCCCCCUUGGAGUUUUGGAGAGCGUUUCAAAGGUCAAAAGGGCAGAAUUGUGGUCCGCUGCUGCUACUGUUUGAUGAAGUACCAUAAAAAGUAAAUGGGUAAUGGGUUCCAGUCAAAAUUUGCAGGGUAGUAGGAGAGAGAAUUAGGUAGGUUUUUCUCUUUUAAUGGCCUGGAAAUUGAAGGUAUCAGACUGUUCAUGUUGCAGUCCCAACCUUCAUUGACUCUCAGUUUUCUUUCCCUCUGUUAUUGGUCAUUAUUUGAAAUUUGAUUUCAAAACUUAGUUGCUAUGUUAGGGUUGUUAGAGACAGAAAGUGCAUGAGGACUGGCAUCUGUUUUAUGGUAUAUAUUUGGGUAAUCGCAUGGUUUCUUGUGAA